GUUUGCGAAAUAAAUAUUGGGAAGCAACGAGAUGCAAAAAGCAACAUACUACGACAGCUCUGCGAUUUUCGGUGGUUACACGUACCAAGGAGCAAAUGGUUUUAACUACAAUGCCAGCCAGCAGCAAUAUCCGCCUUCAUCUCAUGUGGAAAAUGACUACCACCGGCCUGCCUGCUCUCUACAGUCACCUGCAAGCUCUGCCCCUCAUCACAAGCCCAAUGAUCUUAAUGAGAGCUGCAUGCGAACCAGUGCCAACCAAACGAGCCAUCUCCCUGUUAUUGCAGAGCAACAGAAGCCGCAACCACCUCCACCACCCCCACCCCCACCAUCUGUAUCCCCACCCCAAAAUGCCAGCAGCAACUCAAAUCAAUCUAGCACAAGCAAAAACCCCACACUUACCUCACAAACCACCAUUAGUAAACAAAUAUUCCCUUGGAUGAAAGAGUCACGCCAAAAUGCCAAGCAAAAGACCAGCAGUUCUAGUUCAGUUGAAAGUUCUGCUGGUGAGAAAAGUCCACCUGGCCCAGCGUCCAAGAGGGCACGCACAGCCUACACCAGUGCCCAGCUGGUGGAAUUGGAGAAGGAGUUUCAUUUUAAUCGCUACCUUUGUAGGCCCCGGAGGGUCGAAAUGGCCAAUUUGUUAAACCUCACUGAAAGACAAAUCAAAAUCUGGUUCCAGAAUCGUAGAAUGAAGUACAAGAAAGAUCAGAAGGCAAAAGGUAUGCUAACUUCCUCUGGAGGACAGUCGCCAUGCAGAAGCCCCAUCCCGCCUUCCGCAGCGGGAGGAUAUGCAAACUCGAUGCAUUCCUUGGCGACCAGUGCACCCUAUGAUCCUCACUCACCUACUUCCUUCAGCAAACCUCAUCAAAAUGCAUAUGGUAUUCCUACAUCUUAUCCUGGGCCUCUCAACAAUUGCCCACCUCCACAGAAGAGAUACGCUGGGACAACAGCUGUGACACCUGAAUAUGACUCGCACCCUCUUCAAGGUAAUGGCAGCUAUGGGACUCCUCAUUUACAGGGUAGCCCAGUGUAUGUUGGAGGGAACUUUGUAGAAUCCAUGCCAAGCUCUGGGCCUUCUCUUUUCAGCUUAACCCACCUUGGCCACCCUCCCUCUGGAAGCAUGGACUAUAACGGUGGAGGGCCAAUGACCAGCAACCAUCAUCAUGGACCUUGUGACCCACAUCCCACAUACACAGACCUUUCUUCACACCAUCCGUCUCAGGGAAGAAUUCAGGAAGCACCGAAACUGACCCAUCUCCUACGUUCUGUGGAGACGGCAAUGAAUUACGAAUUUGAACGAGAAAUUGGUUUUAUCAAUAGCCAGCCGUCGCUUGCUGAGUGCCUGACAUCUUUUCCCCCUGUCGGUGAUACAUUUCAAAGUUCAUCAAUCAAGAACUCGACGCUUUCACACUCGACAGUGAUUCCUCCUCCUUUUGAGCAAACCAUCCCUAGCCUGAAUCCCAGCAGUCACCCUCGCCAAAGCCGGCCAAAACAGAGCCCAAAUGGCACAAGUCCUUUACCAGCCGCGUCUCUACCUCCGGAGUACCCCUGGAUGAAAGAGAAAAAAAACUCCAAGAAGAAUCACCUGCCCGCUUCUUCUGGACCGGCAGAAUCCCGUCUUUCCCAAAAAGAAACUCGUGAAAUUCCGGAUAAUACAGGUGGGGGAUCGCGGAGGUUAAGGACAGCUUAUACAAACACACAGCUUUUGGAACUGGAGAAAGAAUUUCACUUCAACAAGUAUCUGUGUCGACCCAGGCGGGUGGAGAUCGCAGCCUUGCUCGAUUUGACUGAAAGACAAGUGAAAGUGUGGUUUCAGAACAGACGAAUGAAGCACAAAAGACAGACCCAAUGCAAAGAGAACCAAAACGGAGAUGGUAAAUUUAAGAAUUUGGAGGACAGUGGGCAGACUGAAGAUGACGAAGAGAAGUCACUCUUCGAGCAGGGCAUCAACAAUGUUACUGGCGCUCUUUUGGAUAGGGAAGGGUAUACUUUUCAAACCAAUGCACUGACUCAACAGCAGGCCCAGAAUUUACACAAUGGAGAAUCCCAAAGUUUCCCAGUUUCGCCUUUACCCAGCAAUGAGAAAAAUCUAAAACAUUUUCAUCAACAGUCACCCACUGUUCAAAACUGCCUGUCAACAAUGGCCCAGAACUGUGCAGCUGGCCUGAACAAUGACAGUCCAGAGGCCCUUGAUGUCCCUUCUUUACAGGAUUUUAAUGUGUUUUCUACAGAAUCCUGCUUACAGCUUUCAGACGGAGUAUCGCCGAGUUUACCAGGGUCCCUGGACAGCCCUGUGGAUCUUUCUGCUGACAGUUUUGACUUUUUUACGGAUACUCUAACUACAAUCGAUUUGCAACAUUUGAACUACUAAAUGAACAGUCGCUGUAAGCAAAAUAUGCCUUCUUUUAAACUCGUUUCCUUCCCUUCAUUUCCUUUCAAAUGGUCAGUAUUCCCCCCCCCCCCCAUUUUAAAUAACUUGAAUGUGUUGAGGAGCACCUAUAAUUUGCAAAGAUGAUUUGGGCUUUCCCUCAUAUUUCACAACUUGCUAAUUCAGCAAUACAUGGGUCUACGUGAAAAUUACUUUGAAGAUAUUGACCAGUUGCUACUAUUACCUCUUUUACUUUUGUAUUAAGUUAGGGUGCAUUGCCAUUAAUAAUUUGAUAGAGUAAAGUAUUAUACGCUACAGGUAGCCACCCUGAAGCAUUUUAUC